AUGCAAUUUGAUGAAAAUGGAAAAGCUGUUAAACAAUACAUUGGAGAAGGUGAAAAUGGUCCAAUUAAUUCAUACCGUCCUAAUCCAUAUUCUUAUUUCAAUGAAGAAUUAAAUGCUAUUGAAGAGGGACCGGAUGGAUUACCACGAUAUUCUAACCAGUUUGAUGGUCAAUAUGCAAAUAUUAGACCUGAAAUUUCAGCUAAGAAAUUCUUUAAAGUUGCUUUAUUCGAUCCAGUUUUCGCAAAUGUUAAAGAUGAACUUAAACAGCAAUUCCAACCAAUUAUAGUAGCAAGAAUUGCAUCAGGUGCUUUAUCUCAAGCAUUCAAAGAUUUAAUUAAGAAACCAUUAUAUCAGCAACGAGGUUUAACUUAUGAUUUAGUUAAGGAAUCAGAUAAAAGAAAAUUUGAGAAAUCAGAUGAUUAUAAGAAUGCAAUUAAUGAAUAUAUUAGGUCUAUUAAUUACGAUGAAACAGCUAAAAAUCAACUUCAUGAACAAAUACAGGGAAUAAUAGAUUCAAAAGUUCCAGCAAAAUAA